AUGUCUAACCUCUUCAGCAAGUCCUGCCUUGAUCACAAGAUUGACAUCGACAGCAUCAAUAUGGACUCGCACUGCAAGGCGGUGUAUUUCAAAAAAUUCGCUGCUUCUACAGACUGUUCGAAUUUUCAGCCAUCUGCACUGCGGCGACAGUUUGGCCAGCUCCUCAAGAAGUUUUCUUCCCUUACCCCAACUGAAUCUGUGCUUCGAUCGUUGUCAAUCCUGAUCGAUAUUGUUAAAUUCGAUGUGAGAUAUUCAGGCCAGUAUGGGUGGGAUGGUCUUCACCUGUGGACUUGCUUGUCGGCCCAGAAGUGGGGCUUUCCUAUCGGAUCAACGAACGAUGUGAGGUUGAGUUCCCGAUUGGCUGAGCUGCGAUCUGUGCUGGAAAUUGUUAUCAAGAAAAUGGAGCAGAGUUCCGAAAAGGCCAUAUUACAGCUGAAAAUCUCAGGCACUGCACAGCCUAUGUUGAUUACGGUAGCAACCCAUGACAUUGCCGAGUCUUUAGCACAUCUCAUCGACGGCUAUCAGAUAAUGUACAAUCAAGGAAGUUCAGUAUACAAGAGAAAAGGCUUGGAACGAUGCGAGAGUGCCGAUAUGCGGGCCACCAUCUUACACAGGCCGCAGACUUCAACCUUUGGAGUUGGUAAUGAUGCGAGGAUAAAGAGGGAACAUGUCACUCUGAAGGAGUUGAUUGGUGGAGGACAAUUUGGCAACGUCUAUAGAGGGACUUUGGCGGACCCGGUAAGUUGA